AUGGGCCGUGAGUCGAAGGAGAUCUUCUUCAACACGGGACCCGACACCCUGGCGGUUGCCACCGACGGCGCCAUGGAGAAAGUCGUGCACCCCGGCAUCUACCAGAUCGAGGUGGGCGUCGGCGAGGGCAAGUUGGUGCACCCCAUCGAGGUCGUCGGCCCCGCCUUCGCCUUCCCGGCUGUCUGA